CAGCACUUCGCUCGCUGCUGGGACCACAGCGCAGACUGCAGGCUGUGUGCGGCGUUGCGUUGAAAGAAUGGCACAGUUCGUCUCGUGACGAGCCCCGCGCGCGGCUCCUCAGAGGUGGUGCCCCCCGCUGCGCAGUUCUUUCCAGUUCCCUCGUAGCGUUUAAUGCGUUCGUGUUUAGUGUAUGCUUCAGUUCUGCUCUGUGCGCGUGCGCGCCCAUAUGUGAUUCCCGUCUGAGUGGGGCGGCAACGUUCUGUACGGCGGUCUGCUGCUGCUGCUGCUGCUGCUGCUGCACAUGAUGACGGGAGGCCAUCGUCUGGAUUGUGCCCCCAGGCUGCGAGGAGCGAAAUGACAGCCGAGUAGCCAGCAGCUAUAGCGGCGGCGCUCGUUGCUGGUGGUGUUUCCUUUUUCGGUCGUCGGGCGCGCGAGUCCGCACGCGAUGCUUCUUGACGAUGGCGUGCGUCUUCCGGCCUGAUGUUUCUCACCAGCAGAUCUCGUGCAGUGUUUGUGCUCGAAGUGUGUGCGUGCGUCUUUGUCCCGUGGCGGCUGCCGCACGAGAGACGUUGCCUUGUACGGCCCGAGUCGCCUGCUGAAAACGAACUUCGACUCUGCGAAGCUGGAUAUAUACGUUCUCUGCGAGGCGUGCGUGUGCCCUGUGGUGGUGAUGUGCUGUUGCGUCUGCGCCAUUCGUUUGCCUCGCUGAUUGAGAAGAACAACGGGGUCGCGACCAGGCAGACUUAUUAGGCCAGAGCGCUGAAUAGGCCACGAACUGCUAAGAAAAGAAAAGAAAGAAAAGGGAAGGAACGAACGAACGAAGGAGGGGCGGCUGGAUCUGCAGCCUCUCGAGUCUAGAAAAAGCUUCAUCGCCGAGUUGAAGUAGCGCGAUGAAUUUAGGUCUUGAAGAUUCUCCAGAUUUCUUUCGUUCUAUUUUGGUAGUCGGGACUAUGAUUAGCCGCCGUAAUGGUCGUCCGGAAAAAGGCGAGCAUGCCGAAUUGAGAAUUCGGGUGCAGCAUUCCGCGUUCCAAAAUAAACGAGGUCCAGCUCUUUUCUUUCGUGUGAAACUCUGAGGCGAGUAUACGGAUAGUGUAAGCUACAUCCUGGUCACUAGCUUCUUUCGCCCAGGAGACGGAUACGAAUAUUUUUACCGCUCCUGUAUUAUUCCGCAGCGGAUAAAUAGCCACGCCUCGCUUUGUGUUAUCGGUAUUUUUUUUUCCUAUAACAACUAAUAGGAUACGUUUCGUCAUAUUUUGACCGAAGACUCCUUACAGUGACUUUGCAAUGUUUCAAUGCAGUUUGAAACAUCUAAUAUCUCUGGUCAGCUGCAGCUCCGUUUGAAUUAGAACAUCGCCGAGUCGAUUAUUCAUUCCUGCAAUGUCGUUUGCAGAACCGUCACCAGCGCCAUUGCUACAACGAACAGUUGCAAGCGCCUAUGCGUGUGACACGAUGAACACUGAUCACCGGUUCGUACGCGCCGCUCAAUAGUAGACGCGCUGCAGAAUCGCUCGCGAGCUGUCUGUCGCAUUUCCGAUGGCGUUCCAACGCGAUAUCCUCGAUCGGGACCUUCUGCUCCGGCGGGCGAUCGCUUCUUCUUAGUUCGUGAGCACAAAGUGUUGACCUGCUGUGCGGGAAGAUGUUCGCGAUCCGAGACCACGAUUGGGUCGGCUUGGACGACGCGCCAGCGAUAGACACCGGGACUGCACCGACAUGGCGUGAAAACAUGACCGUUGCCAUGUGCACUAUUCCCUUGCCGAGUUUCCCGUUCUCGUACCAAGACGAGAAUUUCGUGGUUGCCGCCCUCUUCUGCGCCGUCGAAGAAGGAAACUACGCCGGCCUGGAGGAGCUCUUCUCGAUGUCCCACAUCAACCCCAAUCAAAGCAAUAAGCAUGGGGAGACAGCCGUCCACAUCGCUUCAGGCUUGGCUCAGCUGCACAUACUGAAGCUGCUGCAUUCAAAGGGAGCCAACCUGAAGCUUGCAGACAGUCAUGGGGACAGUGCCAUGUACUGGGCAGCGCGGCAGGGCCACACAGACGUGAUCCAGUAUCUAUGGGAGAAUGGAGUCUCAGUUGACUGCCAGAACAAGUCGGGUGAGACUGCCCUGCAUGUCGCCGCCCGCUACGGUCACCACCCAGCAGUCAAGCUUCUUUGCUCAUUUGGUGCCAAUAUUAACGUGGCUGAUGAGCAUGGAGACACGGCGUUGCAUAUCGCAGCAUGGCAUGGGUUUCCAACAAUUAUGCAUGUUCUGUGUGAAGCAGGGGCCCACACGCACCUUCGGAACAAGGAAGGCGAAACUCCAAUCCACACAGCAUCUGCAAGAGGUCAUCUUGAAAGUGUUCGUUGCCUUCUUGAAGCUGGCGCUGACCCCGACCUUUUAGAUAAGCAUGGUUGCACAGCCCUUCACUUGGCUUUGAGGAGGCAUCAUGUCUCUGUAGCUCUGCUCCUCCUUCACAAUGGCUGCCAAACUGACGUUGUUGACAAUCAUGGAGAGACUGCAAUCCAUGUGGCUGCUCGGGAUGGCCUGCUGUCCGUAGCCCAGACACUGUGUGCCUUCGGGUGUAAAGUUGACGUGCCAAACAAGGCUGGGCUGUAUCCUCUACACCUGGCUGCGAAAAAUGGCCACACAGAGAUUGUGCGCUGUCUGUGCCUUGCUGGGUGCAAUGUCGAUCAAAAGAACAGGGAUGGAAUACCAGCAGAAAUCACUGCCCUCGCUCAAGGCCACAGUUCUAUAGGUGACCUGCUGAAUCGACUUAGGAAUGAGCAACUGAAAGAAGAGUACAUCGCUCAAAUGAUACCGGGGACUCAGCCACUCUCUCGAAUAAAACUCAAGGUGCUCGGCCACAGCGGUGUGGGAAAAACAACAAUGCUGGAGUCACUGAAGUGUGGAUACUUCAGCAGCUGGUUUCGGCGCUCCAAGACGUCUCCUACAUCACCAAAGCCAAAGUCAACAUCAGGGCCCCACAGCAGCCGAUCCAGCACACCAGCGAUGGACGAGUACACUAUCGACACAGACAGUGAGAACAACAUUAGAACUGCUGACCUCAAUGAUGCCAGUGAACUGAAUGACUACAAGAAGGCAAUCACACCUCCUGCUCUACUCAUCUCCAGCUGCACGGAUAUGAUGAGCAACUCACAGCCGUUGUUUUCUGAGACUACAAAUGUCAACUACACACAUGGCAUCGAUGUGCAGCAGGUGACCGUGUCUGGUGUUGGUGACCUGAGCAUAUGGGAGUUCUCGGGACAUGAGCCAUACCUGAUGCUUUACGACCACUUCGUAGGCAAUGCCCACUGCCUUCAUUUAGUUGUGUUCAGCCUUGCUGAGCCUGUGCACACCCAGAUCAGGCAGGUCUCCUUCUGGCUAGCUUACCUGCAAGCAAGGGCGCCACCUGUAGAACCCUUGGGAAUGGGAGGGAAAAGUGCCUCUCCCCUCAGAGUGGCACUAGUGGCCACCCAUGCAGACGUAUGUGCGAGCAACAUCAACAGGAACCAAAACUGUGAUGUGCUGCAGCAACAGAACAAUGCCGAAGCUGAUGCCAAGAUCAUCCUGGCAGCUGCACGGGAACGCUUCCAGCAUGUUUUUGACCUGCACGACACCGUGUUUGUCGUGGAUGCCCAUGUUGUUGGGUCACAGAGUAUGAAGUCUCUCAAGCAGUACCUCUCCAACAAUAGAGUCAAAAUUGUGCAGAACCUCCCUAAGAGUACCGGCUUUCUGGAAUCAAUGGUGGGGCACCUUCCCAACUGGAGGAAAUCAUCACCCUCGUUUCCGGUGCUUACCUGGCGCCAGUUUAUGGAUAUGGUGCACAUACAAGUGAAUCCUCUGGCAGGAGAGGAACACAUGCGUGAGCUCAUCCACCAGCUCCAACUGAUGGGAGAGGUGCUGUACACAAAAUCUGAAACAGAGGACAUGGUGGUGCUCAAUCCUAAAUGGCUCUGCAGUUCUGUCAUUGGAGAGCUGCUUUCCCAGGAGCACCUUGAGAAAGCACGUGUGACAGGUUGCUAUACUGUGGAAGAUUUCCAGUUUGCCUUCCCAGACACCGAUGCUAUAGACCUUCUGCAGGUGUUGGAAAACCUCAAGAUGUGUACCAAGUGUGACAAUGAUGGCGAUGUGGAGUACGAAUUUCCAUGUUACAAUUUGGUUGAAACACUGGAAGGCCUGUGGGAUCCUUCAGAUCCACGUUACACCCAAGGCGUGUAUUGUGGGGUGCACGUCCUCCCAUUUGACGACUUUCCACACAUCCUGGCCACAAUCUUUACCCGUAUACAGGUUCAGCUGCGACGUGCAUCCAUGGAACAUGCAGAUUCUGAUAGUGAUCUAUACCAAUGGCUGCGGGGCAGCAAGUUUUGCAGUGGGGCACUGGAGGGAAUGCUCACACUAGUUGAUAAUGACAGUGCUUUGGAAGUGAAAGUGCGUGGUCCACGUGGUUCAUCCUCAAGCUGCUUCUACUUCCUGGAGGACCUCCUGAUGGUCGUCGAUGACGUGCUGGGCGAAGUGUGCCCGGGCGCGCAGUUCGAGCGGCACCUGCUGAGCGCCGCCGACCUGCGGCACCAUGCGCCGACCCCGGCGCGCUACCCAGCGCGCCUCGUCAUGCGCGCCAUGCUGAACGACGGCGGCCUGCACGCCCAAGUGCUGCAUCCACAGACCGGCAUGCCCGAGUCUGCAUGUGACCUGCUCUGCUGCCGCGACGUGGCCUUGGUUGCGUCGCUCGUCUGUGGGCCGGACACGCACGCGUCGCAGCUGUCUCUGCUCACACGCCAGAGGCUGGGCGCCGCGCUGGAUCCGCCCGAGAAGCUGGGACGGGAUUGGUGCCUCCUGGCGGUGCAGCUCGGCAUGACUGAGCGCCUGCCCGAGCUGGACCCAGAGUCCAAGGAGUCCGGCGUGCUCGCGAGCUCGGGCAAGAGCCCUAUCGCCAGGGUGCUUGGGGAGUGGACGCUGGUGAUGGAUAGCACGAUCGGGCACCUUGCGCGCGCGCUUGAUGAACUGGGCAGGGGAGACGCGGCGGACAUUGUUCUGGGGACGUCGCCACUCGUCAAGGUGGCGGUCGCAUCGGCGCCGACGUCGCCUGCGUCGCCACCGGCAGGCAGGCACGACGAUGCGAGGGUGGCAGCAGCUGUUUCUGCGGCGUCGAGCUCGAACAUUUCUCGCUAGUGCCUUGUUCUGUUUUCUGUGCUUUGUGCGUGCUUUUUGUUGCUUUUUUUUUUUGCAUGGAACACCCGUGAAGUGUUUCUCUGUACAUGUGUGCUUGAAGAAGAUAUGGCAUCGGCAGUUGCCGCGACGUCAAUUUUUGAACAUUUCUCGCUGGUGCUUAAAUUUUUUUCUUUGUACCCAAGGUGCGACGCGUUUUUUAAAUGCAAGUGUGCUUGUGUGGCAAAGCUGCCUUUAAUUGUUAUGACUACAUUUUGUUUUACAUGCUGCAGCUGUACAAGAAUUUGCAGUGACUUUUCCAGAGAGAACAAAUCAAAACCAAACACUCGUGAAGAGUGAUUCUGCGUAAAUGUAUGAAAUAUAAUAUCAUACUUUUACCAGGGACAUUCCAGCAGAAAGAACAAAACACCCAAAAAUAGACUACCAUUGUUUGACGUGUGACUGACCCACAAUACAGUGCACCAGUAUGACUGCUAUGAUAAGGUGGCUAGGUAAUUGUCAUAUGGUUUUAGGUGUUGCUUCACAGAACUGCUUUCUACACUUGCUCAACAUCUGUGAAAGUAACUGAUUGCACAUUAUAAUAUAUCUAGUUAUGUUUGUGAUAGCCUGUGACCGUAAUUCAGACCUCUUUCUUUUGGUGCUGUUACAUAAUCUUGUAGACCUUUUAAUUUUGCUUUCACUGCUUCUAUAAACCGAGUAAAUGAUAUAUAGUUUAAGUCAGGGCAAUAUUAAUACUAGAAAUGUCCUGGCUUCUUGCAUUACUUGCUUUUUGUAGUCCAAAAAUUGAUGCUUUUGAAAUCAUUAUUCCUAUGUCUUCUUCGCGCUUCCUUUUUUAUGACACACAGUAAAGUUUGUUGUGGCUACUUCGAUGUUAUAAUAGAUGCACAUAUGUACAUAAAGCUGUUAUGUAAGGCAAAUGAAACUAAUCUAAUGGCUUUAGUAGUGAUAAGCCAGCUAGACAUGCUAACACAAGCCAACUAAAACAAAGUGUUUUGCUCAUGUAGUUAAAGCUCAGGCCAAAUAGGAUGCUCCUUGCCUGGUAUGUAACACACAUCCGGGUAGAUUACAGUGUUGACUGAAGUCUAGUAAGGUCUUGCACACAGGCAGUUUAUGUUACGAUCUGCUGUUGAAAUUCUUGCCUACUGUAAUGGUAUGGUAUGAAAAACUUUAUUGAGGUCCUGGAGAGCAUGUCUCACAAGCAGUGGGCUGCUCCUACGUAGGGACCGGAAGGCCAAGCCCCUCAACCGCGUCGUGGGCCUGCUGGACAGCCCAGAGUUGGUCGGCCAGAAGAGGGCUGCGGAGGGCCGCAUCCCACCUGGCCGAGUUGUUAUCGAUUGUAGAGUGUGACCGGGCACACUACCAGAGCAUGUGAUCUAACGUGGCUAUUUCUCCGCAUGAGGGACAAGAGUUGUUGGUAUAAGUAUCUGGAUAGAUCGUGUGUAAGAGACACGGGUUAGGAUACAUGCUCGUUUGAAAAAGCCUAAGUGUGAGGGCCUAAACUCUGUUGAGCCGAAUGUGCUACUAUGAAUAUGUGAGCACAAGAAGGCAUUACUUUUUAAUGUUGACAGAAACAUACAUGGUGGGUAUCAAAAUAGAUUGCUCAAAGACAUUACUCCUACUUAAUUUGUUUUGCUGAAAAUAUACAGUUCAUUGUAAGUGCAGCCUGAUAUUGUGAGCUGAUUACAAAGUUAUUCCGUGAGUAGCACAUAACCAUUAGUUUUGUUAGUUCUUUAGUUCGCACCUAACCAGUGUGCAUGUUACAAACUAGAGAAUGUCUGAUCCUCCCCCCCUCUUUCUAUUGAGCAGUUCGAACCAAAUCAUGCAAGUGUAUUUUGCCACUCACAUGAAUUUAUGAGUGAAUUUGUUGGCGUGCACAGCAUGGAAGUAUAUAGUGACCUGCAGUAUUGUUGGUACGUGAAUUAUUUAAGCGUUGUCUGCGUUCUAGAGACCUUCACUUUGGUGGAAAGACGGGUGUUGUGAGAGCUAGGAAAGUUUAAGUUUCUGUCAGGACAGUUCACUUUUCUUUCCCAUGCAAUGCACUGUGAUGUGUUUAUGCUACUGAUCAUCAUGUCAGCAAUAUUUGCUUGUUAUUUGUGUGUUAUUUUUGCUGUUACAUAUUUCAGUUCUUGAAGAAUUUAGACAGAAACUAGCGAUGAUGAUUGUAGAAGCAUUGUGGGGUCGUCAUGGAAAUAACCUGAUCAGUUGUAGCACGAUCAGUACCAUGUCUUAACAUUAAAGACUAAUAGUUGUGACCAGAGUUGUUUGCAUACCAAGGAAUUCACAUUGAUUCUGUAACUGCUUAUCUAAGACCAUGAGUUAGGUAUCCUCGUGUGUUGCAAUUCUGAGUCGGCUUUAUAAGAAUGCGUGCGGGUGUUCUUGCUGUGGGCUACCUAGAUUCUCUAUGACAUAGCGUAAUGCUUGCAUGCUAUCUAGCAUUUAUCGAUUACUACUACAGUACAGUGUCUGACAAGUGCCAAGUAGGUAAACCUCCUUUUUAUUAUGAAGACGUACUGGAAGCAUGUGGUGUUCCCACCAUUUAUGCAUUCAUAUACCUAGAAUUUUAACAUCUUUAAUAGUAACUAUUUUUACGCGCAUCUGCAGUAUGUUCUUGCUUGUCGCGAAGGCUGACGUGUUUGCUUUCGAUGGGAAACGAUGGUUCAGUCGCUUUGGCCAUGCAAUGGUUACUCUGUUUGGUUGUGCGAAGCAAGGUAUCACCACGAGUGUGAUAUUUAGAUUGCAUUGCUAAUGAAAUAAGGAUUGAUCCAGGCAUGAGGUCGGUUGUUAUUCUGCCAAAAGGAACAGUGCAAUCACUUUUGAGUAGAACUGCUGCGUGUUUAGCUUGACGCCACUCAUGCAUCGUUGAUUUUUGUUGCUGCUUUUUCUACUCGUGACAAUAAACUUGCCAUUCAAGGACUCA